AUGUCCAGCUGCAGGACGAGUAUUGUGUCCAUUCUUAAUAAUGACGACAAUCCAUCCUUUGCGGUUCGCUCCGCACCCCGACUCACUCGGACCCAAACUUCGCCAUCUUAUCACCCACAGCAACCACAACUGCCCCCGCCCGAGUACACCCGGCCUCAUGCUUCAUCCGAGUCCCCAGCUGCAUCACCCCGGGGCACCAGACACCCCUUCGACCCGGUGACUGAAGCCGUUCAACCCGUUUCCCCGGGCUCUUCCAAUGGAUCGGCCUACGAUUAUAUCACCAGCCAACCGUCAGCUUACCACCCCUAUGCCCGGCAGGAAUCGCGACGGGAACCUUACCAGUUCCCAGCUCGCGGGCCCGCACCUCCCAGGACUCCCCCAGAGACCCGCUCAACCUCUGAAACCACUCAGUCUGGACCUCGGGCAACAGGGAGAAAGAACAAGUACCCAUGUCCCUACGCCGCCAGCCACGGGUGCUCAGCGACCUUCACGACUUCCGGCCACGCAGCGCGUCACGGCAAAAAGCACACCGGUGAAAAGAGUGUGCAUUGCCCCAUCUGCAACAAGGCCUUUACGAGAAAGGAUAACAUGAAACAACAUAUUCGCACCCAUCGCACUCACUCCGAUGAUAUGCGCUCUACCUCCGAGACAGAGACUGAGGGUCGAUGGAACGUGGCUCGUCCUGAUUCUACUUAUGCGUCGGCUUCGCAUCAGCGCAAUGUCAGUCAGCUUACGGAGCCCGGGGUACCACCUGUUCCUGGGUCGGCUUCGACGCCCCAAUGA